AGGUUCCGGUUCCGGUUGUCAAAGUGUAAACAGUGUUAUAUAGCUUGCUCCCGUUUUUAAUUACAAAACAAAUAGUAAACAUUAAACUCCAACACUAUAUUGCAGUAUACUAAGUUUUGGACGCCAAGAGAAACCGUAUUAUCCACUUUAACAUCAAACACACAACGAAAACUUUUAGAUAAUUGCAAGAAAUAGUGCUUCGAUUACUUCAGUUAACGGAAAAAAAAAGGAAGAAAGAGCUCAUCGACAGUGACUGUGCAAAGUGACGACCUGUCAGCUGUUUAACUGACACUUUCAAUUCAUUGAGUGAGUAAACAUUUGACAUUUGAUUCGAGCUGCCAACAUUAUAUUAACAAAUUCGUUCAGAAACACGUUCGUCAAGUGACAAUUGUGAAAACUUAUGCGAUUCGAUUCACGAAGAGUACGAAAUUAAAAUCGAGUCAUGGAUACCGGCGGCAUGUCAGAGGAUAUUUUUAAAUUAUUUCAAAUGGUGAAAAUUGAACUCGAAAAACAAACAGUAACAAUUACGGAGAACGUAACCGCCAAUUUAAUGCGAGUUAUAGACGAUAAAAUACAACCAAUAAUUGAAGAAAACAAUAGCCUAAAAUUCGAAAUACAAUCAUUAAAUAGAAAAAUAAAAUAUUUGGAAGACGCAAAUAGGAGAAAUAAUAUAAUAAUUCAUGGUAUCAAAGAAAGCGAGAGCAAUUACAAAGAAUUAUAUGACAUCAUAUGUCUUAAUUUACAAAAUACAGAAAUACACGUGGGUAAAUUUGAAAUAAACAGAUUCCAUAGAUUAGGACGUAAAGAAGAAGGGAAAGCAAGGCCUAUACUCAUUGCUUUAACUUCUUACCAAAAGAAAAUAGAAAUCCUUAAAAACAAAUCUAAAAUGCCAGAACAUAUUUACAUAACCGAAGAUUUAUCGAAGGAGACUAUAGCGCUGCGUAAAAAUUUACAACAACAACUUAAACUAGAAAAAGAAAAAGGCAAUGUCGCAUAUAUUAAAAACAAUAAAGUUAUAAUCAAAGAAACAAGAGAUAAAGGGAAAAGAAAAAGAGAUUUGUCACUAUCACCUGCGAAUAUUCUAACGCCAACUCGUCCCACAGACGUGGCGAAAAACGUAUCAGCACCACCAAAAUUGCAUAAAGUGGAUGCAUUCGCUUAUAUGCGAGCCCGAUCUCAUUCAUUGACAGAAAAAGGCGUACAACAACCUAAAGCAUAGGAAUUAUUUGACACCGGACGAGAGAGAAUAGCAACUAAUAUAUACAAAACAACAGAUAUUCCCAAAGAAAUCCCCAAUACGGCUGGUCACCGAGGGGAGAUAGACCAACACCCCUAAAGGCUUGAAUUAAAAAGUAUUACACAUGAAGUAGUAUUAAGGACUCAUGAACCAAAAAACGUAAACCCUGAAAAUACAAAACAAAGACUUAGAAAGAAAAUUAAUAUAGCAACUCUGAACACAAGAUCGAUGAAAUCAGAAGAAUCAUUAGUAGAAUUAGAAAAAGCAUUAGAAACUAUUAACUGGGAUAUAAUAGGCUUAUGUGACGUAAGAAGAGAGAACGAGAAAACAGAAGAACGAGACAAGUAUAUAUUAUAUCACAUUAACAAGAGAACUGGUAUAUAUGGAGUAGGAUUCUUAGUUAAAAAAUACCUAAAAAACAACAUAAUUGAAUUUAGAGGAAUUUCAGACAGAAUCGCCAUUUUAAAUAUAAAGCUCCCUGGUUAUAAACAUCCAACUUCAAUAGUACAAAUAUACGCUCCAACUGAGGUUAGCCAUAAAGACGCAAAGGAUGAAUUUUACAACGAACUCAAUCAAAUUAUGUCGUCCGUUAGUAAAACUGUUGUUGUAAUAGGAGAUUUUAAUAGUAAGGUCGGAAAAAGAACUAAGAAUGAAGACAACAUACUAGGACCACACUCACGUACAGGAAAGAGAAACGAAAACGGACAAAGAUUAAUAAAUUUCGCACUACAACACAACCUUCGCAUUAUGAACACUUAUUUCAAAAGAAAACACAGCAGAAAGUGGACAUGGAUAUCGCCGGAUGGCCGAAUUACAAACGAAAUAGAUUACAUUCUAACGAACAAACCAAAAAUAUUUUCCAAAGUUGACGUUAUUAACCAACUUAACUAUAAUACAGAUCACAGAAUGCUUCGAGGACAAGUUUACUUAGUAGAGCCACAAAUACGCAGAAACAUACAUCAUAACAAUAGAACACCAUUAAUGUUGCCAAUCAAGGAAGAAAUUUUAGAUGAACUGGAGAUAAAUUUAGAAGCGGUAAAUAAUGUCAUUGAUGUUCAAACUAAAUACGAUUUGCUAGAAAAAGAAUUAAAGAAAGUUAACACCAAAUGCAAAACAAACAACUCGCAGAAAGACAAAAUAGGUUCAGAAGCGAGAAACCUGAUAACUCAACGGAAAUUUUUAUACGAAAACCGAAAACACAACAAAGAAAAGAUUGUAGAAAUUAGUAAAGAAAUCAACCGACAAAUUAGAAUACAUAGACAAGACAGAAGAAACAAUACAAUAAAUCACUACAUAGAAAAAUCAGGCGGAGUGAAGAAAGCGUUAGAUCAAUUGAGGGAAAGUAAACAAUGGAUAAACAGUUUGAUACACCACAAAGACAAGAAAAACAAAACAAAUAGAAAUGAAAUAUUAGAAGUAGCGACACAAUAUUACCAAGGUCUAUACAAUGAUGAAAGUACACUUGACAAAAAUUAUGACCAUAACGAUAGACACACUAAUAGUAAUGACCAAAUUCCUUAUAUACUAAAAGAAGAAGUGGAUAAGGCUAUAAAAACACUAAAAAGAGGUAAAGCACCAGGUCCAGACUGCUUAUCCAACGAACUCUUAAUCGGAACAUCAGAUAUAAUCCUAAAUACUGUUACCGAUCUAUUUAAUGAAAUUGUGUCCACAGAGUAUAUACCAAGUCAAUGGAGUACGUCAACAAUAAUACUGCUACACAAAAAAGGCAACAAAGACGAUAUAUCUAAUUAUAGACCAAUCAGUUUAAUGUCCAAUAUGUAUAAAAUCUUUUCUAAAAUAAUUUUAAAUCGCCUAACAAAGACUCUUGAUGAAAACCAGCCUAGAGAGCAAGCAGGAUUUCGCAGCGAUUUCUCCACAAUCGAUCACAUUCACACCAUAAAACAAGUGAUAGAGAAAUGUAACGAAUACGGGAUCACCUAUUAUCUAGCAUUUGUGGACUACAACAAAGCGUUCGACUCUCUUAAACACACGUGCAUAUGGGAAGCGUUAGAAACACAAGGCGUCGAAACUAAAUAUAUACGACUUAUAAACAACAUAUACAAGAACAUGAAAGCAAAUAUCCGAACCGAAAGAGUAGGAGACCAAUUCCCCAUAAAAAGAGGUGUCAGGCAAGGAGAUCCUCUCUCGCCGAAACUAUUCUCGGCAGUUCUUGAAUCCGUAUUUAGGCGUCUAGAGUGGAGAAAUUAUGGAUUGAAUGUUAACGGCACGAAACUAAACCAUCUGAGAUUUGCCGACGAUCUCGUUCUAAUUUCCGAAGAUCCGCAGAGCCUA